GGGUUUAAAAAGACUGAUCCCCCUUUUGGGAUAUUCACAACCCACGCUGAUUCAGUCCAUAUUAUUCCCUAAUUAGUUUAGUUAAUAAAGAUUCAUCAUCUUAUGGUAUAUUUAGUAAUCGUAAAGAUAUGGGUGUGCCAUCUUCAAACGAAACACGUGUAUUUGCUGAAGAAAUUUUCCAGAAAGUUGAACACAAGAGUUCUGGAUCAAAUCUUUAUCGACAACAAGAAGAGGCUGCACCAAUGCUAACCAGGAAGCAGAGGAUCACUUGCACGCUAUUGGAGGCAGAUGACGAUGAUGCCAAAGAUGUGCCUGGUGGCUCUGUUUCUGUUGUCGAUAAAGAUGUGAAACGAUUUAGGAAGAGGAGCCAAAACCAAGAUGAUGAUGAUGAUGAUGAUGAUGAUGAGGGAGCUGGAAUUUUGAAACAAGAAAGAAGGGUCAAACAAAAAUCUUCUCAUGAAAAAUCAGAUUAUUCUGAAUCUGAAGAAGAAAGAUUACGUGACCAAAUAGAACGAGAAGAUUUGGAGCGUCGUUUAAGGGAAAAAGAUGCAUCAAGGAUAAGAAAGCUGACUGAACAGAAGUUGUCUAAGAGGGAUGAAAAAGAAGCAAUCAGGAGAGCCAAUGCCUUGAAAGAUGAUGACAUUCGAGCUUUAAGAAAAGUUUCGAGGCAAGAAUAUCUCAAGAAAAGGGAGCAGAAGAAAAUGGAGGAAAUCAAAGAUGAUAUAGAAGAUGAAGAGUAUCUAUUUGAGGGCUUCAAGUUAACUGAAGCCAAACAACGUGAACUAAGAUACAAGAAACAAGUAUAUGAGCUAGUCAAGAAGCGGUCACAAGUGGAUGAUAAUGUCAAUGAGUAUCAUAUGCCUGAUGCAUAUGAUGAAGAAGGCGGAGUCAAUCAAGAGAAAAGAUUUGCUGUAGCUUUGGAGCGAUACAUAGAUUCAAAAGAUGGAGAUAAGAUGAAUCUGUUUGCCGAACAAGAAGCAUGGGAGGAUCAUCAGAUUAACAAAGCAACGCUAAAAUUUGGAUCAAAAAACAAAAGGCAAUCUGACGAUUAUAACUUUGUGUUUGAGGACCAGAUUGAGUUCAUACAGGAACAAGUCAUGGGUGGUGUCAAUGUUGAUGAAGAGGAAGAGGAAGAACAUGAAAGAAUCAUAGCAAAAUCAGCACGCGAGAAGCUUCUUGCAGACAGAAAAACUUUACCUGUGUAUCCGUAUCGAGAGUCUUUGCUAAAAGCUGUUGAAGAUCAUCAGGUUCUUAUAAUUGUUGGUGAAACUGGUUCAGGGAAGACGACUCAAAUACCACAAUAUCUCCAUGAGGCUGGAUACACAAAACGUGGGAUGAUCGGAUGCACACAGCCAAGAAGAGUUGCUGCCAUGAGUGUUGCUGCAAGAGUUUCUCAAGAAAUGAAUGUCAAACUUGGUCAUGAGGUUGGGUAUGCAAUACGCUUUGAAGACUGUACUUGUGAGAAAACAGUGAUCAAAUAUUUGACUGAUGGAAUGUUGCUUCGUGAAUUUCUAGGUGAACCUGAUCUUAAAAGUUACAGUGUGGUGAUGGUGGAUGAAGCUCAUGAAAGAACACUAUCAACUGAUCUCUUGUUUGGUUUACUUAAGCAGAUCGCACGCUUCCGCCCUGAUAUCAAGUUGCUGAUCUCAAGUGCCACUCUCGAUGCAGAAAAGUUCAGCGACUAUUUUGAUUGUGCCCCAAUUUUUAGAAUUCCAGGAAGGCGAUUUCCUGUUGAGAUUAACUACACGAAAGUACCAGAGGCCGAUUACCUUGAUGCAGCAAUUGCCACAGCUCUUCAAAUCCAUGUCAAUGAACCCCCUGGAGAUGGCGACAUUUUGGUCUUUCUCACGGGUCAAGAGGAAAUCGAAACAGCCCAAGAGAUCCUCAAACAGAGAACACAUUGUUUGGGUAGUAAAAUACCCGAAUUAGUAAUAUGCCCGAUUUAUGCAAAUCUCCCAACCGAGCUUCAAGCAAAAGUAUUCGAACCAACUCCUCAAGGGGCACGAAAAGUGGUUCUUGCCACCAACAUUGCAGAAACAUCAUUAACAAUCGAUGGAAUCAAAUACGUUAUCGACCCAGGAUUCGUGAAAAUGAAUUUUUACGACCCGCGAACCGGAAUGGAAUCGUUAAAGAUUAUCCCAAUUUCAAAAGCAUCAGCAAAUCAACGGGCGGGUCGAUCGGGUAGAACGGGUCCCGGGAAGUGCUUCAGGUUGUACACGGCUUACACUUACUAUAACGAAUUGGAUGACAAUUCAGUCCCGGAGAUCCAAAGGACAAAUCUGGCAAAUGUGGUUUUGAGCUUAACAAGUCUUGGAAUCGAUGAUUUGUUGAAAUUUGAUUUUAUGGAUCCACCACCAUCUGAGGCGGUGCUUAAAGCUUUGGAGCUGCUGUUUGCGUUGGGUGCACUUAAUAAAUAUGGGGAGUUGACAAAAGUUGGGAGGAAAAUGGCGGAAUUCCCACUUGACCCGAUGCUGUCGAAGAUGAUUGUCGCAUCUGAUAAAUAUAAAUGCUCAGAUGAGAUAAUUACGAUUGCUGCAAUGUUGUCGAUUGAAAACUCAGUGUUUUAUCGGCCAAAGAAUAAACAAGUCCAUGCUGAUAAUGCUCGCUUGAAUUUUUAUACAGUUGAGGAGUAUGAAACGAGGACGUGACAUAAGAGAUCAACUGAAGGGGAUUAUGGAAAGGGUUGAGAUCGAAUUGGUGUCAAACUCAGGGGACUUGGAUGCAAUUUACAAGUGCAUAACAUCAGGAUACUUCUCACACUCAGCAAAGUUGCAAACGAAUGGAUGUUA